CGAACUUCGAACUUCGAAGGGAAAGAACUGCAAGAAGAAAGCUUAACACAAUGGAUACAAUGAUCAUACUCCGUACCGAGUAAGCUUUUCAAGAUAUUGUGAUUUGUGUCACUCCUUGCAGAUUCGUAGCCUCGCGCCUGGCUGGUGCCCUCCCCGCUUAACCGUUUCACGUCGCCUCAAAGAAAAUCAUGUCUAUGCUUUAAAGAAAUUGGAAUUCACGAUUGCUAUACAACAUUUACCAAUUUCUCUAAUCAUGGCAGCACCAGGUACAAGCAAAUACGUGACUCUCGUAUCUUGCGAUGGCUUUGAAUUCGUCGUUUUGAGAGAGGCUGCUUUGACAAGUGGCGCAAUCAAGAAGAUGCUGGAUACAACCAGUUCGUUUGCCCUCCUCUAUCGAUCCGACCUUGCGAAUAUCUUGCAAUUGAACCAAUACUUACUUAUUUUAUUCAUAUACAGGUGGUUGGGAAGAGUCUCAAACAGGAAUCUGCCGUUUCGCUGAGAUAAAGUAUGCCUGCCAUUUCCUUUUUUUGGUUAGCUCUCUCUACAAUACGAUUAGCCAUUUCUUCGACAAACAUCACACAGUUGAGAUUAUUUUCCAACAAAGGGUACACAGGCGUCGGUGAUGAUAGAAGCUAUUUCGAUACAGACCCUCUAUCCCCUUUUGGGAUUGCCGUGGACUGGAUGCUCGUUUUUUACACUUGAUCUGAGACCCGCUUUUAUGCCUAUUUAAGUUUUUAUUCGUUUUUUUUUUCUCUGCGAAUGCUUUCAUUCUUCAACAAUCCAUCAACAACCAUCUAGAAGCCAGUUGAAUGGCGAUUCAUGAUUAGCCGGCCCUCAGGGCAGCAUCAUCUUAUGUCUAGCAUGGCAUUGCUACAAAUAUUUCUCGAAGACUAACUACAAUCUUUCUUAAAUAGUGGUAUUGUCCUCGAGAAGGUCGCCGAAUACUUUUACUAUAACUACAAAUAUCGCAACUCGGAGAAUGUGCCAGACAUGGAGAUUCCGGCAGAGUUGUGUCUCGAGUUGUUGAUGGCAGCCGAUUAUCUGGACAGUUAGUAUUCGACUACUACCUCUCGAUUUCAUGGUCGAUAUUCUUGCUAACGCUUGCCGUUGCAGCAUAAUACGCCUCGCAUUAGAACAGCUUAAUGAUGACGGCGGAGUUUACGUUUGUCUAGGAUGAGAAACAUACAAUUGAUGAUAUGGAGUCGCUAGGG